CAGUUACAUGUCAUUUGUCAGCAAUUCGGCCAAGUGUCAGUAAAUUUUAUAACACGUGAAAUUGUACAAUAUUUCUAUAAAAAUAACAGAAAAAUUGUAAUUGUAUUCUUAUUACGAAUUUUGUUUUGUUAAAUUUUGUAUAAUGGCAGAUUUGGAUGACUUUUUCGCUAAAAAAGAUCGUAAAAAGUCCAAAGGUAAAAAAUUUACAACCACAGAAGAAGUAGCUAAAAAGUUAGAGGAUACUUCCAAAAAAACCGAUAAGCCAACAAAGAAAGAACGCCCUCAAGAGGGCGAAGAAGCUGGUGCUCCAGUCGGGGAUCAAGAUGAAUGGAAAGAAUUUGAAGAAGAGAAAAAAGAUUAUUCUGGUCUUAAAAUAGGAAAUCUAACUAUUAAUUCCCAGGAAGGUUCCAGUGGCAAUUCAGAGAACACUUCAGAGCAAAGACCUGGUGAAGAGGGAGGUGGUGAAUUUGAAAGAAGAACUGGACCAUGGAAGCAAAUAUCUGCUCAACAUGCUGAACAAGAAGAAAAAAAAGAGAAGAAACCUGAACCUGUGAGUCAACCAACCCCCACAAGCACCCCAGGUGCUUAUGUACCACCUAGUAUGAGAAAUCAGCCGCCUCAGCAAACACUGCAAACCUCUCGCUUGAAAAGUAAAACAGCCCCUGAUAUUCAUAAUGAAGACUUUUUUCCUAGCUUAUCAAGUACAAAAACUGAUAGAAAAAUUCGCAAUGAAGGCUCUUUUGAGGUAGUUUCCCAUAACAAGUCUAGUUCAAUCCGACAAGCUGAACAAUCAAAGAUUUCCAGUUCUCAAGGACCUAAACUGAACCUUGGUAACCGUUACAAUACUCUCAGCAAUGACAGCUAGUAUUAGAAAAGGAAAUAAAUUUGCAUUAAGAUGUGUAGUGUCAUGUGGAACAGACUGUUUUUGUUUCUUAACAAAUGUUUCUAAUUGUGAUCAUUAGAUUAUUGGAAAAAGCAGUACUGUUACAAUACAAAAAA